UGCUCAAGUACAAUUACUUUCAGUUUUGUUUCUCUUGCAGGCACCCAGCAACAGCGGCGUCCGGGGCCCCACUCCCCGUCCGUGGAGGCGGCGGCCAGCGGGGGCUCGUGCCUGACGACGCAAGCAGCAAAGAAAGUUGGCUGCAUGUAUGUGAGGAGGAAGAGGGUGGCUCCCUAGCUCAAGAGCAAGUGGCCAGAGGACCCAGAAGGCCAGAAGGAAAUUCCUGGUCAUUCAGCAUGGUUUCUCAAGGAUCCUCACCCUCCCUCCUGGAGGCCCUGAGCAGUGACUUCCUGGCCUGUAAAAUCUGCUUGGAGCAGCUUCAGGUGCCCAAAACCCUGCCGUGCCUGCACACCUACUGUCAGGCUUGCCUGGCCCAGCUGGCCGAGGGCGGCCACCUGCGAUGUCCUGAGUGCCGGGAGGUUGUUCCAGUGCCACCAGGUGGUGUGGCCGCCUUCAAGACCAACUUCUUUGUCAAUGGACUCUUGGACUUGGUGACUGCCCGGGCCGGGGGAGACCUGCGUGCAGGAAAGCCAGCCUGCGCCCUGUGCCCCCUAAUGGGGGGCACCAGCACUGGAGGGCCAGCUACUGCCCGGUGCCUGGACUGUGCUGACGACUUGUGCCAAGCCUGUGCUGAUGGGCACCGCUGCACCCGCCAGACCCAUGCCCACCGAGUAGUGGACCUGGUGGGCUACAGGGCAGGGUGGUACGAUGAGGAGGCCCGGGAGCGCCAGGCAGCCCAGUGCCCCCAGCAUCCUGGUGAGGCUCUUCGCUUCCUGUGCCAGCCCUGCUCCCAACUGCUGUGCCGAGAGUGCCGCCUGGACCCCCACCUGGACCACCCAUGCCUGCCCCUGGCUGAGGCAGUGCAGGCCAGACGGCCAGGCCUGGAGGAGCUGCUAGCGGGUGUGGACAACAACCUGGCAGAGCUGGAGGCUGCCCGGAUGGUGGAGAAGGAAGUGUUGGCCAGGCUGCGGGAGCAGGCGGCCAGGGUGGGGAUGCAGGUGGAGGAGGCCGCCGAGCGAGUCCUCCGGGCCCUCCUGGCCCAGAAGCAGGAGGUGCUGGGGCAGCUCCGGGCCCACGUGGAGGCUGCUGAGGAGGCUGCUCGAGGAAGAUUGGCAGAGCUAGAGAGCCAGGAGCAAGUGGCCAGGACGGCGGCCACAUUUGCCCGCCGGGUGCUCAGUCUGGGUCGUGAGGCCGAGAUCCUCUCACUGGAGGGGGCGAUUUCCCAGAGGCUUCAGCAGCUGCAGGGUUGUCCGUGGACACCUGGGCCAGCCCCCUGCGUGCUCCCCCAGCUGGAGCUCCAUCCUGGGCUGCUGGACAAGAACUGCCACCUGCUUCAGCUCUCCUUUGAGGAGGAGCAGCCCCAAAAGGAUGGUGGGAAAGAUAGAGCUGGUAUCCAGGGAGAUGAUGCAGCCCAGAGCCAGGGAGAAGACCAAACCAAGACAGAGAAACAGGGUGGUGGAGUCCAGUCUCAGAGCAGGGAUGUUGCCAACUUCCAGAAAGAGGAGAAAGCCCAAAUCCAAAGAGAAGAUGGGGCCCAGACCCCCAAAGAGGACAGAGCCCAGAUCCCCAGAGAAGAUGGAGAAGCCCAGGCUCAGAGAAGUGGCAGAUCCAACAGGAGGAGAAAAUUCAAAGGCAGGCUCAAGUCAGUUUCCCGGGAGCCCAGCCCAACACCUGGUCCAAACCUGGAAGGCUCUGGCCUCCUUCCUAAGCCUAUCUUUUCCUGCAGCUUCCCCACGCGGAUGCCUGGAGAUAAGUGGUCUCCCCGGAUCACCGGGCUCUGUCCUUUUGGCCCCCAGGAGAUCCUGGUGGCUGAUGAGCAGAACAAGGUGCUGAAGCGCUUCUCCCUCAAUGGUGACUACAAGGGUACUGUGCAGAUCCCCGAGGGCUGCUCCCCAUGCAGCGUGGCUGCCCUACAGGGCGCGGUGGCCUUCUCAGCAGGCUCACGGCUCUAUCUCAUCACCGCUGACGGUGAGGUGCUAUGGCGCCGGGCACUGAGCCACUCACAGGCUAGCCAUGCUGUGGCGGCCCUGCCAAGCAGAGACAGGGUGGCUGUCAGCGUGUCAGGCUAUGUGGAGGUGUACAACAUGGAAGGAAGCCUGGCCACCCGGUUUAUCCCUGGGGGCAAGGCCAGCCGGGGCCUCCGAGCACUGGUGUUCCUGGCAACCAGCCCCCAGGGCAAUUUUGUGGGGUCAGAUUGGCAGCAGAAUAGCUUGGUGGUCUCUGAUGGGCUGGGUCAGGUGAUCGGGGAGUAUAGCGGGCCAGGGCUGCAUGGCUGCCAGCCAGGCUCUGUGUCUGUGGACAAGAAGGGUUACAUCUUUCUGACCCUUCGGGAGAUCAACAAGGUGGUGGUGCUGGACCCAAAGGGGUCACUUCUUGGAGACUUCCUGACGGCCUACCACGGCUUGGAAAAGCCCCGAGUGACCACCAUGGUGGACGGUCGGUACCUAGCUGUGUCCCUCAGUAAUGGGACCAUCCAUGUCUUUAGGGUCCGCUCUUCUGACAGUUAAAGGGGCUGGGACUGGGGUGGGAGGGUGGGGAGGGCAGGAGGGACGAAGAACUGCCCGUGACAUGGGGCACAUGAGGGCAUUUUCCUAGAGGGUCAGGGUUGGUACCUUUUCAAGGUGAAGUGCCAAACUGCUAGACCCUCUUCUGGUGUUCACGGACAGGGACCAAGGGUGGUAGUGUGACCAUUGCCUCCCAGGGCAGAGGAGCAGAGGUGGCAGGGGUGCUGAGUGCACCACCCCUCUAGCUUCUUGUGGGUGGCUGCUGCUGCGUACUUCGGGCUUGUAAACGUAUCAUGAUUCGCAUUCUUCAAAACCACUCCUGGUGGAGUACCCAAGAGCGAGUCUUGGGAGGGGGUGAAAGCAGGCAUCUGAGCCAAGAGGGGCUCAGCCGUUCCCUGGCUCAGGGCAUAAGUGACAUCUUCCGCCUGUCACAGCCAGGAAGUGGGGACUCCUGGACAAUGGCAUCACCCAGUGAAGUAGGGAAUGGGAUUUGAGUGGGAACAAAUGCAGACGCCAGCUGUGGUCAGGAAGCAUUUGCCUCUAAGGUGCCAAGUGAAUAUGUUCCAGGAAGGCCAAACCAGGCAGAAUUGGCAUCUCAAAAACAGGAUGCUGAGUGUCAGGAAAGGAGAGCCCCUGAGCUGGUGUGAGGCAAGACGGAAGAUGUACGUAAAAUCCCUGCAGUGCAGCACUUGUUUUGAUGUCUUUUCAUUUGGGGGACUUGCGUUUUUGGUUGUUUGUUUUUCCUUAGUUUCCCAGCACCUUCCCUUUGCGAAAUUUUGGUCUUCAUUUGGCUGAACUAAGGGGAGAAGGAAUUUGUCCUUCUGUCGGUCACUAUUGCUGGAGGAAACAGCCUUCUCCUAGAGGCCAGGUGUAGCAUUGGGGUGGCUAAGACAGCUGGAAAGCCUGAGAAUCGGUAGUGGGGCUGGGACAGACAGAUGGAAGAGUGGACUGGGAGCUGGGACCACUCAUCCCCUGACGGGCAGUGGCAGUGCAGUGACAAUGACGCACUUGAAUAGGUGGUAAGGAUGUGUUUAGCCAGGGCUGUUGAGGAAAUGACCAAAGGAGAUCUUAUUGUAGGUAUCACGGACUUGAUAAUGUAGGUAUCAAGUCCAGAGGGCAAGUACAGGACAUCACCCGGGGGGAAAAGAAACUCUUUUUCCGGGGAAGCCGUUUCUUGUUUAUUGAAGCAAUAGAGGCAGCCAUUAAUGUCCAGGCGGCCAAAUUCAGUUACCUACAAAUGUACGCAAAGCAAAGGAUAAUCAAGAUGAAAAGAAAACCAAUAAAACAGCCAACAUUUUUCGGUGUAUAUUUUAUCCCAAUCAAAAUAAGAAAACCAGUAAGAAAAAGGAGCGCUGGUGGCGCAACAGUUAAGCAUUCAGCUGCUAUCCGAAAGGUUGACAGUUCAAACCCACCCAGCAGCUCCUUGAGGUGAAAGACCUGGCUAUCUGCUUCCAUAAAGAUUACAGCCUAGGAAACCCUAUGGGUCAGUUCUGCCCUGUUAAGUGGGGUCGCGAUGAGUCAGAAUCGAUUCGAUGGCACACAACAGCAACAAUAUAAGAAAACUGUGUAGGAUUGAUUUAAGACUAGAGUCUCCAAUAUAUGCAGUGACUGAAGGACAAUUGGUCAAAAGACCCAAAGAAGCUGUGCACUCAGGAGGAAAUGCAGAUAGGCAAGGACUAGUGAAAUGGAAACAAUGCCAGAUGAAACCACUUACAUUCAUCCAAAAUAAAUUUGAAAAAUGUGCUGUGGAGAAAUAGGCUCCUGUCACUGUAAAAUGAUGAAAUCUUCCUGGAGAGCAAUUUGGCGACACUUGCCAAGAGUCAAAAAAAAAAAAGAUUAUAAGGACAAGUUAUUUGACCUUGGGGAAUACAUUCUGGGAAAAUAAACCAGAAGAAAAAUAUUUGCACAGAGAUAUUUGUGGCUGCCCUCUAUAUUAGUGAUUAACUGGAAACUGCUCAGCUUCACGGUGACAGCCAAGUAGGUUGUGGUAUAUUAGGGCGUCGGGAUACUGCCUUCAUGUAUGAAAACUAUUUAGGAGAAAUAGAAUUAUAUGAUGCAAUUGUAAGCAAAAAAUGGAGAAUUUGGAAUAAUGAUCAUAAAAUCAUAGCAACGAGGUGAAAGUAUGUCUGAAUAAUUGUUGAGUUGGGAAUAGGAUCUGAAUUUGUAAAUAGUGAUUUGGGAGAUCAGGGCCUUUUGGAGUUGUUGCGUGCUGUUAUUCAUAUAUGCACAUUUCUACUUCAGUUAUUAUCCAUUAAAUAACAUAUAUACUUGAAUAUUUACUUCAAACUGAAAAUACACCUCUAUGAAUGAUAUUUAAGAAUAGCUACUGGAUUUGAGAAGGAAUGUGUCAGAGUAAAUGACAUUAUGUGAUCAGAGGAGAGGUCAGAGUCAGGGAAGGGAGCCACAGCUGGUCAGGGCUCAGCAGCGAGGAGGAGCCCGGCCAGGCAGGGCAACUGACCAAGGAACCCACCCUGGAAAGGAGUGUAGGGCUCAGGCAGUCCCCUGGGGUGGUCGGAUUAUUGUGGAGUGUCCAGAAGAUAGGGGAAGGCCUCGCUGAGUUUACCAACUAGCUCAGACCAACUGGAAACCUGAUGGUGGUGAUGGUUCUACAGAAUCAGCUAGUAUAGGCUGAGUUGUGUGAGGACAAGGACUGGGUCUGUCUUCUUUGCAGCUGUAUCCUGAGAGCUAGCAGAGUGCUGGCACAUAGUAGACACUCAACAUCUGUGAAAUGAACGAACAUCUGGAAAAGGGAUGGGACAAUGGCAUGACUCUUUCCAGAGAUCAUCCAGCUCAAAUGCCAGAACCCCAGCUGACCAAGUUGCCAGCUCGUGAAGUGUGGCAAAUCUCCUGGAGAGGGCAUUGUGGGCAGUCCACCAUAUGCCUCCAAAGGGGUUGCUCUGCUUUAAGUCAUAGAAAGAGAUAAGAUUGGGUUGUCCUACUUCUGGGUGUGGACGGGAACCAGGUGACAUGGACUCUCAGGGAGCGUACCCCUGCAGGUUGGAACAACUGCUACACAGCUGCACAGGAGCCUGUGCAGGGGGCCUGGCUGGUGGAAUGGGCCCAGCCAAAUAACCCACCGAGUAGCCAAGCAGGAAUAGAGACCCUCAGAAAUGAAAGUUACCUGACAGCAAGAAGAGGAUCCCAUGGUUGCUCUAGAGAUGAAGGAGCCAAGUGGGUUCCCAGGAAGCUGUAGGAAUCCUGGGAAAUGGGGCUUAGGAGACUGAGAGAAAUACUGAAUUUUCUUCAUGGAAGAGGUAAGGGUAGAAAGGCCCAGAGCACCGGCAAGAUGUGAAAGAGGGAUGGGAACUAUAGCACAGAGCGUACUUUGGAGGAAAAAUCCCCAAGGCCUUAAUUGUGACCUUGGAAUCCUCUAGAAAGCACAACUCAACACUGAGGGUGAGACGUUCUGGUUAAACUACAGAUUUUUAAGAAAUCAGGAGUGUCGUGAAAGACACAGCAACACCCCUGGCCCCACCCCGCGCUGGACUAUGCCAACUCACUUGAGAAGCUGUUCCUUUUCUUGUUUGGAACUGUUGGUGUUGAGCAUGUAUUGGUGAAAUGAGAAUAUAAUUCGGGUAGGGAGAAAUGGAGUGGAAACCCUCUUUCGUAUUCUUUGUGCCUACAAAAGAAAAUUGGAUGAGGUAUCAAAGAUUUGGGUUGAGUGCUAGUGCUUCCACUAAAUAGCUAUGUCGUAUUCGUCUAGUUCCUUAACCUCUCUGAGCCUCAAGGUUCUACAUAGUAAAACCUCACUGGGUUGUGAGAAUUGAAUGAGAAGUGUAUAGAAGUAUUUUGCACACCAUAAAGCUCAACUACAAGGAAUUGUUCAGUAAAAUGGUGAAACUGACAGGUACUGACUUCGUACUCCUCCAUCGGUAUAAUCUGAGUGGGAUGCUUUGUCCACAUAUUAUUACGAGGUAAAAUUUAAGAACAUCUGGGUAGCAUUGUGAUCUGCAAAGCACCUUCUCCUUUGGAGGAGACUUGUCUUGUUUUCCAGCAGUUGUUUGAAGAAGCCGUAUGCUAAGUAAGAUAUAAUGAGGGAGCAGAAAAAAUCAAUACCAUCCCUAAAAGCCAGCUGAAAAUCAGACUGCACUAAUUAAGAACAGAUAACCAUAGACAUUGUUUAAAAACUUUUUUUUUUUUUUUUAAA